AUAAAUCUAUCAUAAUAGAAAUAAAUAAAGGUCAACAUUACAAAAACGAGUACUUCAAUUGUGUAUGGGAUGGGGAAGAUGCAAGAACCCAAUUAUAGCACAUGGAAACCCCUCAUAUCUACUAGUUGAACAAAAACUAUCCAACAGAGAAAGCCCUCAAGAUUCACCAACUAGCUUAACUAAAUUCAGACUUAAUUCAUCAAUUAACAAAGUGAAGGACGGCUUCGAUAACAAUGUCGACAUAAGUCUUGCAAAGAAGCUUCUCUAAUCUUAGACAAUUGAAUGUCAGCUAACCUUAUGGAUGACAUAUUAUCAAUAACUUCAUGCAAAACCUAAGAAUCUCCUUUUCCUUCCUCGCUUAUCUUAUAAAAGCAAUAUCUACAUACCAACAUUUUCUCUGAGGUAGGAGUCAAGAAAGAAAUCCUUGCAGAAUCAGAACCUUCUGCUGCAACAACCUGCCCAUUAUACCACCGCCCAUCCGUAUACCGAAACCUACAUUUCGAGCCAACAGGGUAGCUUUCCUCCUCCAAUGGUUCUGGUUCAACGUCCGUCGGAUCAAUACGCUCGGACUUCACAUCUUCGACGACCCGAUUGGAACCUUGAAGCGCGGAAUCAACUUCUCGAAGCAAUCUCGCGCGCUUCAGGUGCAGAAGCCCUUCUUCUGCAAGUUUAAUCGCUUGAACAAGCUCCUCAUGGACCUAACACAAUUAUAUAACGAAAAUUAAAAGGAAAUCAUGCAAAUUUAUGGCGAAGGAAACAGCAAAUUGAACGAGAGAGAAUGAAUUUUCAU